AGUGCGCCGACCAGUGUGGAAUCCAAUCGAAGGAUUAUCAAUAUAAAUAUAACAAUAUCGACAUUUGUCCAACCAACCAAAGUGCUAAGCAAUAUGUGCGCGAAAUUCGUUUGUGUUGUGCUGGUGGCCAGCUUUGUGUGCGGUGCUUUGGCCCUGCCAUCGCAGGAUGGCAGUGAAAAGGAUUUAGUGAACAUGCUCAACAGAUUGGAUAACGAGGAUUCGGUGCCAUUGUUCGGUGGACUGCGCAUCGAUCGCUCCGAGACGGGACGCAGCUUUGGUGCCAACAAGGCCGUCGAAUCGUUUGAGGAUCGUGCCGAGCGCUAUCUGGAGACCCAUGAGCUCAAUCUGUCCUUCUCCGGCGAUGAGCAGGAGGAGAAUACCGAGAACGAGUAUGCCGGACGUGCCAUGGAUGAAUCCCGCAGCAAGCGCAUGAAGAAAAUGCUGCUGCCUCUGCUGUUGGCUUUGAAACUGAAGAAGGCUGUUGUCGUCAAGGUCAUGUUCACCAUCAUCAAGUUCAUCUCGCUGAAGGCUCUGGCCAUCUCCUUCCUGGCUCUCAUUCUGGCUGGUGCCACCUUCUUCAAGGACCUGCUGGCCAAGAAGAAGGAACACAUCACCACUGCCUACAUCACUGGCAGCCCCCUGAACGCCGAUAUUGUGCACUCCGACUGGAGCCGCAAUGGACAGGCCCCCGGUGCCGAUUUGGCCUACAACCACUACGGCCUGGCCCAGCCCUUCUAA